AUGAAUCAAAUUAAACGAAAAUUAAGUUUUAAUCAAUCAUCGAAAGAACAGACAAAGAAAUUACGAAAUAAAUUUGAUCGAAAAAUAACUUCUAUUGAAAAUUUAUCGAAUGAAUUCUUUUAUGAAAUAUUCGAUUAUCUCGAUGGUUGUGAAAUUUAUCAAACAUUUUCAAAUCUUAAUCAUCGCUUUCAACAACUUCUCAAUUCUUCAUCUCUUCGAUUUAAAAUAAACUUUCAUCAUUCAACAUCAAUAGAAAUAUUUAUGAAUAAUUAUAAACAAAUUAUUCUUCUUAAUAAAGAUCAAAUAUUUUCAAUUCAUUUAUCAUUAUCAACACAUAAUAAUCAAAUUAUCUCAUCGCUUAACAUUGAUUCCUCAUUUAAUCGUCUUGAAUCUAGGGUACUGCAAAGUGGUCCCGGUCCCGGGACCGGGACCGGGACCGGGACCAAAAUUUUGCGUUUUACCGGGACCGGGACGGGACCGGGACCAAAAUUUUGUUUUUUACCGGGACCGGGACGGGACUGA